UACGAAGUUGAAGACAUUCGAGAUCAUCGUGGUACUGCUGGUCAACGAGAAUAUUUGGUCAAAUGGGCUGGCUAUGGCGAACGCACUAAUACAUGGCAAAAGGCUGAAGACUUUACCGAUUCCACAAUUGUACAAAAAUAUUGGAAGAAA